AAAGCACCUGAAAACGACAGAGAGAGAAAGAGAGAGAGAAAUCAAAGAAGGAUGAAGAAAUUCAAAAGAAGCCUUAUCCUUUUGCUGAAGACGAAGGAGUGGUUUUCUUCAGUAUUAGAUUAGCAACAAAGAAGGAGGAGUUGUAGUGGCAGAUGGAGAGAAUGCUUCAGUUUGGUUAACAGGGAUACUGGGAGAGAAGAUACCAUCUUUUAGUUCUGCAACCUGGUGUAGGACAAGUAAUCGUAAAGGGAUUGGAUUAAGACACAAGGCUACCAACCAUCCACCUAAAUGACUCACUGACAUGCAACUGAGCUAGUGAUCAAGCUGUGAAGGGGCCUUGAUCCCACACUGGGACUCCAGGUCUGCCCUUCUACUCUAACCCUGCAGCUGGAGGUGCCGUCAGGAACAUGAGCGUGGGAAGAAUCAACCGCUACAGCAUUGUGUCAUCUGAAGAAGAGGGUCUGCGCCUCACUACCAUGCAUGGUAUGAAUGGAUUUGGCAAUGGCAAGAUCCACACACGCCGCAAGUGCCGCAACCGCUUUGUGAAAAAGAAUGGCCAGUGUAAUGUGCAGUUUGCCAAUAUGGACGACAAGUCGCAGCGCUACAUGGCCGACAUCUUCACAACGUGUGUUGAUAUCCGCUGGCGAUGGAUGCUCGUAGUCUUUACUCUUGUGUUUGUUGUGUCUUGGCUGGCCUUUGGCUUAGCUUUUUGGGUUAUAGCUUUGCUGCAUGGAGAUCUGGACAACCCAGCUGGAGAUGACAACUUCACUCCAUGCGUUCUACAGGUCAAUGGAUUUGUGGCUGCCUUUCUAUUCUCCAUUGAAACACAGUCUACCAUAGGUUAUGGCUACCGCUGUGUGACUGAAGAGUGCCCAGUAGCUGUCUUUAUGGUGGUCUUUCAGUCUAUAGUUGGCUGCAUCAUUGACUGCUUCAUGAUUGGCGCCAUCAUGGCCAAGAUGGCAAGGCCUAAGAAGCGAGCACAAACGCUCUUGUUUAGCCACAAUGCCGUCAUUGCCAUGCGGGAUGGAAAGCUGUGUCUAAUGUGGAGGGUAGGGAAUCUGCGCAAGAGCCACAUUGUUGAGGCCCACGUCAGAGCACAGCUCAUCAAACCUCGGAUAACUGACGAGGGGGAAUACAUCCCUCUAGACCAGAUAGACAUUAAUGUGGGCUUUGACAAAGGCCUGGAUAGGAUUUUCUUGGUUUCACCUAUCACUAUUCUACAUGAGAUAGAUGAGGAGAGCCCUCUUUUUGGGAUCAGCAAACAGGACUUGGAGACCGCAGACUUUGAGAUUGUUGUCAUCUUGGAGGGAAUGGUUGAAGCAACCGCCAUGACCACCCAGGCUCGCAGCUCCUACUUGGCCUCAGAGAUCCUUUGGGGACACCGGUUUGAGCCUGUGUUGUUUGAGGAGAAGAACCUGUACAAGGUGGAUUACUCUCACUUUCACAAAACUUAUGAGGUGCCGUCCACCCCCCGCUGCAGUGCCAAGGACAUGGUGGAAAACAAGUACCUAGUCCCCAGCUCGAAUUCUUUCUGCUAUGAAAAUGAGCUGGCCUUCCUUAAUCGCGAUGAUGAGGAAGAGGAUGUAGGUGGUGGAAGCAGAGCACUGGCGAACCUCAGUCCAGAUCGAAAUAGCCGACCUGAAUUUGAACGCAUACAGACCACCAGGGUCCUGGAUCAAAGGUCAUAUCGUAGAGAAUCGGAAAUAUGACCUCUACACUUUGACCUGAGGGUCAAAUUUCAAUAACUUUAUUAAGGGUAAAAAUGCAGAACAAUGCAAAGUGCCAUAGGAAAAGCUGACUACUGUGAAAGAGUGUAAAGGUGACAGGACAACAGUAAAAGGGACUUAAUUGGAAGAAAUGGGUAAAAGUGGGUGUAUGCAGCUUGGCAAAUUGUGGUAAAGAAUGUCUACAAACAAGGAAAAAGCUAGAGGGAUACCUUCUUCCUUUAUGGAAACUUGAAUCUUUUUUCACACGGUCAUUUUGAGUUUAGAGUGUUAACUGAUAGAGCAUCAAAAAACCUUUAUGACAAAACCUUAUAAUCGAACCUUAGGUGUAAAUACAUUUAUUAGAUAAGUUAUGUUUUGUGUGCAGUAUCAGUUUCCAAAAACACUUAAAAUUAAGAGUUGCUAUUUCAAAUUGUUCUUGAGAUCAAAGAUAAUGUUGGAAGGCUUCUCUUAAGCUCUCUUCGAAUUGCUGCGAUUUGCUGGAAUUGCAUUCAGUGACACAUUGAAAAUUUGUGCACCGCAGCAUUCAGAUGCAAUGAGCCACGAUCAAACAUCUGACCAUGAGCCGCUAAGAACAACACAAGUCUACAACUUCAUUCGAAACUCAAGCUAGGGACCCAGACAAGAAUAUAAAGGAAGGUGUUAAACAGAAAUGAAACUGAAUUUACUCCCUAUUUAUAAUGACCUAAUUCCUCUUACAAGCUAACAAACCAUGAUUUGGCUGCCUACAGAUAUGAUGACAUUUGCAAAUACGGUUCAACUAAGAAGUCAAGUAAAACAAAACUUAAUCACUGAUUUUAGACAAUCGUGCUACAGGUGGCAAUAUCAAAGUUUGUACUGAUCAAAUUAAUAAAUAAACAACCCUUAAAAAUGCACACUGAAGUGCUCUUUUACUUUUUCCACUUAUGUGACAAGCAAAGAUCAAUUAAAACCUUUAUGUUAUCACUUUUCACUACUUUAUCCUGAAUUCUAUCAAGACAAAACUGGUAUAAACUGACAACACUUAAUGUUUUUUUUAAAAAUGGAUCUAUGCAUAUUAACCUAUCAGGGGACAAGCAUCCUAUAGAGCUAAGUGUGUGAGAUAAAAUUAUCUAAAGGGAUUAAUUCAACGAAUGCCCAAUGCUUAAAAAAACAAACUGAAAUUAAAAGGUAUGGUGUCAAUUUCCUGCUACUAACUGCUACUGAAGUUUAUUUCAUCAGAGUUAAAUUAAAUUUACAGUAAACUGACUGUCAAAAAUGGAUAAAGGAAGACUGCUUGAUAGAUUUAUUUUGUCUGAGAGUGGGUCUAUGAUUAGGUUAAAUCACAAAUCUAAGAUUUAGUUGUUUGUAUCCUAAAUGAACGAGCACCAUAAAGUCUCCAGCAUGGUUGCUUCGCUCACUGCUGCAACCUCGUCUCACAGUCUCUUGUAUUUAAACCUGCUAGUAUGGCGCAGGAAGCUGCUGCAUUAUUCUCUUGAAUGAUAUUUGCUGCCACUCAUACUAUAUCACCACAUAAGUGCUGAUAUAGGAGGAGAAGAAGUCAAAAUCAGAAGCCAAGACUUUGUUGAGUGUUUUUCCACAGACUCUCAAACCUUUCCUCCCUCUGUAUAUCUGUAUGUCUCUGAGCUUCUGUGGCGGAGUAUCAUUAAGAUGGCAGUAAAAGCCGACACGCUCAUACACUCGUGUCUUCACCCAAGCUGCGAGCAGCCACGGCGUCACACGUCAGGUUACAAAAAUUGAGAGGUACACAACCAGCACAAGGUACAUAACAGAUGAUGUGACAUCUAAAUCAGCGUGCGACACCAGCGACACAGCGAGCAUAAUGACCCCAUUAGGCAGAUGAGUGUGUGUACAACACUUUAAUGCUUUUAGAUUAAGUUUAAAAUACUCAAAAUGUAUAAACCAACUUUAUAACUGCUCUGACAUUUCUAUUCAGUUUACAUCAACAGUGGUUAUAUUUGACUACUGUUGUUAUAAUGUUACUAAGAGAGCUUAUUUCAAACUAUACUUGGAUUGUAGAUUUACAUGACAACAUUUUAUUGAUGAUACAACAAACUGAUCCUUCAUUUAGCUGAAAAGUCAGACGUGCAACAGUAACACACACAAAAAAAGACAGUGUUCCCUUUUUUAAUACUUGACUUUUGCUUUUAAAACAGUACAUACUGUAGACAGCUAAAUGCAGUUUAGCAAUAUGCUAAUAAAUGAGUUAAGACACUGGAGGGAGUUCAGAAUAGAAGCAAUAAACACUGAAGCACACUUUUUUAAAAAUGCGCUUGUUCAUGUUCAUUCACAGAUAACAAGUAAAAGGUUUUGUGCAAGGAUAAUGACCAUAGAGGUUUUUUUUGUUUGUUUUUGGAGUUUUUUUGUAUUUUACUUAUAAUAAAACUUGUAAUAAAAAUAAUUUCUCAUGAUUGAUACCAAAGUAGUGGAGUGUAGCCUGGACUUAACUUGUUAAGUAAUUGCUCCCACCUUAAUCUUCCAAAACCAGUUCAGACAGAAUGGGUAGAUAGGCUCUAAGAAGGAGUUUGAGUCUCCAGUUUGCAUAUUUAAAUCAUUUCUAAAACUACAUCAAAACAUACAGUAUAUAUCUGUCAAAUAAAAAUCUAAAACCAAAUCAAGUAAUCUUUUAUUUGUAGUUUGCUAUAUAGAGAGUAGGUUAAAGUAACUAUAUAGAAUUAUUAAGCAUGAUAGCUUUUCUCUAUGGCAUGGACAAUAAGAUUUUAAAAAAAAGAGUCCUUAUUCUAUACCAUGCCAAUUUAUCAUCCAAACCUCAACAUGCUCAGCAUAAAGUUCAGCUUAAUUAUUACCUCAGUAAAAUGUGUAUUUCAUGGUCCUAUACAAAAAAUUAUGGCAAACAAAAGAUUCUAUAUGUGCAAAGAAGGAGAUUUAGGUCUCAUUCACACAGGCCUAGAGACCAGUCGGUGGCCACUGAGCAGCCACUGGUAUCUAGGAAGAAAUUUGUAUUUUCUAACUGGUUAUUGGUAGGUGGUGAGGCUGUUGGCUGUCGUUGGGUGAAAUUGGUCACAAAGACGUAUACGGACGGGUAGAGCACCCUCUUUAUGACCGAUUUCACCUGGCAAUAGCUAGGAACCUCCUGCAACCCCUCAACAACUGGUUAGGAAACACCAGUUUCUCUAGCAACCAGUGGUUGCCAAGGGUCACCAGCUACUGUCUGUGCCUGUUUGGCUGAGGCCUUAACCGAUUUAAAGAAAUAGGAAAUAGAAAAAAGGAACCAUAAAAUGGUUAUUAUGCUGGUCACAAUGACUAAUGUUUUCAGUUAAGUUGUCAUACGUGUGAGUCUAAGAUACUUCUUGGCUAUAUGUUGCUUUUUUUGUAGGAUGUAGUGAAACAUAAAUAGAUUUUUUGGGGCUUAUAAAUGAAGCAUCCUUUACCUACCCUGAACAUUCAUAUGUUCAUUACCUUCUGGGAAGGUUUUGCACACUGAUGUGUGAAGCCUCUGCACCUACUCACGAAACUUUAGUGAUAAAAAACAGGUGAAGUGUCUACAGCUUCCACGCUGCAUUAAAGAGAUUCAUUAAAUUCAAUUUCUACUGAAUAUUUUUUUUCAAAGAUUGUUUUUCAUUUUCAUGUUGCCCACCUGAGCCCU